AUGAUGGAUAAAAAUUGGAUUUUCCAAAAGAAUAGAUUAUCCGUAGAGUAUUUUGAUGGACUUAAGAGUUUUAUUAAAUUAUCAACGCUUCACUUAAAUGGUGAAAAUAAAAUUCGAUGUCCAUGUGUUUCAUGUAUGAACUUAUAUUACCAUGACUUGGAGACAAUUGAGCGUCAUAUAUUCGUAAAGGGAUUUUAUAGUAAAUAUGUUACAUGGGAGUAUCAUGGGGAAGAUAUCACAGAAGUAAACGAAGACCAAGAGGACCUAGAAACAAAUAGUGAAGAAGACGAAAUAUCAUGUGAUAGUGAUAAUGAAGACGAUGACGAUAUGAUACCAGCAUUAGAAGAUUUAGCUAAUCAAUAUCAUCAUAAUAGUGAUUUUGUGAACCUUGGAGAUUUAAAUGAGCACAAUGAUGAAAGGAAUACAUUGCCUGACUUAUUUGCAGAAGCAGAAAAGGAGUUAUCCUUUGGAUGUACAACGUUCUCAAUCUUAACAUUUAUUGUUAAUCUAAUGCACAUUAAAGUGAUGUGUGGUUGGAGUAACAAAUCUUUUGAUCUGUUGCUCGACUUACUUUCGAAAGCAUUUCCCAAAGACAAUAAAAUUCCACAAUCUUAUUAUGACGCUAAGAAAAUGUUGCGUGAUCUUGGUUUAGGGUACGAAACUAUUCAUGUAUGUGAGUAUGAUUGUGCUUUAUUUUGGAAAGAGAUUAAAAAUGCUGAAAGAUGUCCUAUAUGUGGUCAUGAACGAUACAAAUUCCAAGGAACUAAAGGCAAUAAGAUCCCACACAAAAAGAUGCAAUAUUUUCCUAUAACUCCACGACUACAGAGACUUUUUAUGUCACACCAUACAUCAUCUGAUAUGAGGUGGCAUAAGGAAGAAUGUGUUGAUACAGAAGGUGUACUUAGACACCCGGCAGAUGCAGAGGUUUGGAAGGAUUUUGAUAGACAAUAUCCAGAUUUUGCAAAAGAAUCUAGAAAUGUAAGGCUUGGAUUUGCAACAGAUGGGUUCAAUCCAUUCGGUGAUUAUCAAACUCGUACAGUAUGUGGCCAGUGUUACUAA